AUGGUGCCGCCGCCGCCGCCGCCUCGUUCCCCCCCCGCGUCCCACUUAAUGAAUUCGCUCGCGGCCCGACGACGAGAGGGCUCCGGGCUCUGCUCCCCGCCCGCGGCCCGUCGCCGCCGCCGCCGUGAGGAAAGACAAUGCUCCGAGCGGGGUCGCCGCCACCGCCGCCGCGGCCCCCCCACCCCCCGUUCCGCCGCCGCCGCCGCCGCCGCCGCCGCCGCCGCCGCUGCCGCCGCCGCCGGGCUCCGGGAGGCCGAGCCGAGAGGCGAGCGGGGCCGCUGGGGCGGGCGCCGAGGGCCGGGCGGAGCGGGCCGGCCGGGCGGAGCGGGGUGCGCGGGCGGUUGUGGGGCCCGGGACCGGAGGGGCCGAGUAGAUCGCGCUCGAAGCCCCGGUCGGGUCCGCGACAAGAUGGCGGCUGUUGAUUCCUCAAUUAAAAAAAAAAGAAAGUUUUUUUUCUUCUCUUUCCAGAGCCUGAACGGGGAGGGGGAGGGGGCGGGGCACGCUACUGCGUCACCCCCCCGCGGCGUCACCACGCACGGCCCCCGCCCCGCCCCCUCCACCUGCGCCGGCCGCGGCGGAAAGAGCCGAGCGCGCUCGGGCGGAAGGGCUGAAGGCACGGCCGGCGUUAGUCCGGCGGCGGGAGCGGUUGCCGGCCUGGUCUGCCCAGUGUCACGGCGGGGAGCUGAGCCGCCACUUUUGUUUUUGACAGAUACCCGGCAGCGAGGGCCGGGGCUCCGGGGCCCACCGUACUCCAGGAGCUGCGUACUGGCCUCGGGCUGGGUCCUGAGGUGCCGAGUAGGCGCCGGCCCGGGGCCCGCCGGUACGCUUGGGACAUUUCUGCCCCCUGAUAGUUCCUCGCGACCCUCCCCCGCGACGUUGGGCAGGGACGGCCGUGGCGACCCGGGGAGCGCCGCCACCCUUUCUCCGCGUGCUAGUGAUUUGGAAUGGCCUCUGGUGGUUACAGACUGCCCUUGGGUUCGCGGACUAACGUGUACAUCUUGGGAAACUGAGGCAGGAGAGGUAGUACAACUUCCCCAAAGUCCUUGAGGCGGGAAGUGGCGGAGUGGGGACCCGAUCCCCGCCCCCUAUGAGGCUAUGAGGGAGAAAUGGGGCUGCCAAGCUCCUGUUCCCAAAGAAGAAGCGACAGGUCCCCAGGUGCUACACCUUCCCCUGCAAGAAGAAAGACGUGGGGCUGACAAGGCCCCCUGCAUUGGGGUUAGUGUCUAGCCGUCCCAGGAGCGCUCCCGCUUCCUCCCCCCACCCUCCGACCACCACCUGGCACCUCGCAGAUGCCCCAGACAGUUAUGGGGUACUUUGGAGAACAGUGCACGUGACCACUGCCCGCAGGACGCUUCCACACAAACCUAAGGUGAUCCUGUCUCAACUCGUUACUUGACCUUCAAAACUUGCUCCGCUCUUAAAGGUUAUCACCAGCAGCCCUGUUUCCUAAGCCAGAAACCUGUGAGUCAGCGCGACUCCUCCCUCUCCAUCCACGACAUGACCGGUCUCCCUGUGCCCACGUCUUUACCUGGGGAAGCCGCUCCACCUCUCCUCCCUAUCCCACCGCCCUAGCGGCGUCCCGCAUCGUCCAGGUGGCUACGGCCAGGCAUGGUGGCUCACACCUGUAAUCCUACCACUCUGGAAGGCCAAGGAGCGUGGAAUGCCCUAAGUUCACAGGUUCCAGAUCAUCCUGAGCAAGAGCGAGACCUCUUCUCUAAAAAUAGCCAGGCCUCGGGCUUUGUGGUGAAUGCCUGUAGCCUCAGCUACUUGGGAGGCUGAGGCAAGAGAAUCGUUUGAGUCCAAAGUUGGAGG